CAUCCACAAUGGCAGCAAGCCGCCCCAAACCCGCCGUGGCUGGUAGUGAAAGAGGAAACAACCAGAAGAGGAAUUUCUUAGAGAAGAAGGCAGCAAGCAAGCAAGCGCUCUUUUCGGAUUUUUGAUCGAGAAAUGGAAGCUUCUCCAGAGCACGAAGCGGCGGCCAAGUCACCACUGUCGAUCGCAGCGAGAAGAGACGGCGAAGAAAUAUUGGAAUCCUCCGAACAGAGAAGGUAGUAUCCCAUCUCCUGCUCGUGCAUCGUCUCUGCUCCACCAAAUCGGGCUUGCUACUGGAAUCGUUCUCUUCGUGAUCAUGUCGACUGCGUUGAUUAGUAGCGGAGGAGAAGCCUCCGUCGUUGCGGCCGUAUUGGAGUUGGAGUUCGUGGCCUGCGAUUGCUGCGGGCUGACGGAGGAGUGCACGCCGGGGUACGUCGCGGUUGUGCGGGAGCGGCACGGCGGGAGGUGGAUCUGCGGCCUCUGCGCGGAGGCCGUGCAGGACGAGAUCGGCCGCUCAGGGCUCCUGACUUCGACAGAAGAGGCCAUGGGCCGGCACGCCACCUUCUGUCGGGGCUUCAGGUCGGCCGAGGCGGCGGCGGUCGACCCGGCGGAGCAGCUGAUCGCGGCCGUCAAGCAACUCCUCCGGCGGAGUCUCGAGGCGCCGCGGGCGGCUCGGUCGACGCCGAGCAGCCCCCGGACUGGUGGUGGCCUUGGGCCCCGGUCCAACUUGGUCCGGACCGGGAACGUCUACCCGGAGCUGCUUGGCUGAGAAAGAUGACGUCGUCGAAAGAGAAACAAAAAUUUUCAAGUUGCGAUGAAAAACCUAUUGACUAAGCUUCGUGUUCUAAUUGUAAUGCUACUGCGAUGGCUUCGGGUUGAUCUAAAAACUAACAAAAACAACGAUUAAAUAUUAUUCCAUCAAUGGAAUAUUUAAAUA